AGCGGGUACGGCGGCCGCGGGGGUGGCGCCCCGGCGUUUACCUAGCUCGGCCUUCUAGGCUCGAGGCUCCGUUCCACCAUGGCUCCCAAAGGCGGCUCCAAACAGCAGUCCGAGGAGGACUUGCUUCUGCAGGAUUUCAGCCGCAACCUCUCGGCCAAGUCCUCCGCGCUCUUCUUCGGGAAUGCCUUCAUCGUGUCCGCCAUCCCCAUCUGGUUAUAUUGGCGAAUAUGGCAUAUGGAUCUUAUUCAGUCUGCUGUUCUCUAUAGUGUGAUGACCCUAGUAAGCACUUACUUGGUAGCCUUUGCAUACAAAAAUGUGAAAUUUGUUCUCAAACACAAAGUAGCACAGAAGAGGGAGGAUGCUGUUUCCAAAGAAGUGACUCGAAAACUUUCUGAAGCUGAUAACAGAAAGAUGUCUCGAAAGGAAAAAGAUGAAAGAAUCUUGUGGAAGAAGAACGAAGUUGCUGAUUAUGAAGCUACAACAUUUUCCAUCUUCUAUAACAACACCCUAUUCCUGGUCUUGGUCAUUGUUGCUUCCUUCUUUAUAUUGAAGAACUUCAACCCUACAGUGAACUAUAUUUUAUCCAUAAGUGCUUCAUCAGGCCUCAUCGCCCUCCUGUCUACUGGCUCCAAGUAGACCGUGCCGGCUUUGCCCCCUGGCUUUGUAUCUACGGGUGGCCUGUGGUAUAUGGAAACGUAGCAGGGUGGUCAGGGUGAGAGACACACAAGAUGUUUUUAUAGUCUGCAGUUGGAGGUUUUGAAAAACCCAACAAAAUGUAAUUCAGUAUUUGUUUAUUGGCUCUUUUUUGACAGAUUGUUGAAAUUAAAUGAAUUGAAAGGGAAACUCAGUGCCAGGACAUUUUUUAAAAGGUAAAAAGUGUCUCGCAAUGUGCUUAAAUCACAAGAGGAGAAAAUAACUUGUUUCCUUGAUCUGUCAGAGGUCACAGUAACCUGGACUGAGCUGUUAUUUAUAAUAGUAGCAAGAAGUUAAUAAGUGGUUCUUUGUGUUCUAACUACAAUAUUGCAACUUUUGUGAACCAUAAAUAUCAGAAUGAAGAAUCCUUUCCCCCUGGGGAUUGAACAGAAGCCUCAUGUUUACAAAUCUCUGAAUUUGUGAUUUGAAAUAACUCAAAAACAAGGUCUCCAAUUUGGGGAGAGAAACUUGUGGAAAAGUGUUCUUUUGUUUUUUUAACAGAAGCGAGGCAGCCAGGGUAAUAACCUAAAAUUAGUGGCCAGGCAUAUGAGAGUUGUCCCGUGGGGUUAAAGCACAUACUGUUCAUCUGUAUAGCCCUGCCUUGGGUGGCCAGGGAGGUCAGCUCAACCCUACCAUGUUGGUUUGACCUGACCGAGAGACUGGAAUCAUUGUUUUCCUUGCCUAGGGUCUCACACCACUAGAGGAAUAUUCAAUAGAGAACCUCCUUCCUGAAUAUUGAUGUGUAAGAGAUUAGAAUAAUGUUUAUGAUCUUAGUUCCAGAAUUCUAAGAACUCUCCGAGGAAUUGCAGUGGUUUUAGUGUUUCUAUAGCAUUUAGUGCAGCCUUUUUCCAUCAGGACUUUCAUAAAUUUGACCUUUUUUUUUUUUUUUUUAAGAUUUUAUUUGUUUGAGAGAGCACAAGUGGGAGGGGCAGAGGGAGAGAGAAUUUCACACAGACUUAGCACUCAGUGCAGGGCCUGACGUGGGACUCGAUCCCAGGACCCUGAGAUCAUGACCUGCGCUGAAGGCAGAUGCUUAAGCUGCUGAGCCACCCAGGCGCCCCAAAUUUGACCCACAAGUUCCCAUUGAUUGUGAACAAAAUUUCUUCAUAUUAACCUCUUUAGCCCCUAGAGUUCAGCCAAGAACAUUGUCUUGCAUUUCUUAAUGUGUGCAGAGAUAAUUAUCAUUUUUUGGUGCAAAAAGUUGGGGAAGCUUUUUAGCUUGUAUUAUUUAAAGGGUUAUGGAAUAGGGGCACCUGGGUGGCUCAGUCAUUAAGCAUCUGCUUUCAGCUCAGGUCAUGAUUCCAGGGUCCUGGGAUCGACCCUCGCAUUGGGCUCCCUGCUCAGUGGGAAGCCUGCUUCUCCCUCUCACACUCCCCCUGCUUGUGUUCCCUCUCUCGCUGUGUCUGUCAAAUAAAUAAAUAAAAUCUUUAAAAAAAAAAAAAUGGUUAUGGAAUAACAGUACUUCAAAAGAAAUAUUCUAUUCCUAAUUCCUAAUCUUAACUUUAAUCUUUAGUUUCCACUUCUAAAUUUAAGGUGAAUGUUGUAAAUAAUAUUUGCUGUUUUGUUUAUAACUUUAUAGAAAGGUGUUCAUCAGUUUAUCUUCUAUGGGCAUGCCCAAGAACUUGGAAACCGGGGCAAGAGCACAUUUGUAUAGUGGUUUAGUGUCUUUAAUUUAGGAUUGUAUUUACUCAUUGUUAGGAGUUUGCAAUUUACUUUUCUUUGGUGCAUUAUUAUCCAUGUGCCAUCAUUGGAUAAUAUGGAAUGAAUGAGGAAGUCACAAGAAGAGUCACUGCAAAAUAUGUUAAUACGUAAGAGGUUUUUCUUACUGUGUUAACUUUUUUUUGUAGAUAACUAGUCAGUAGUUUGGUGGCAUGGAGUUUGUGUACCAAAUGCAUUUACUUAUUUGACAAACCAUUAGGAUCUAUUUGUUAGCAGAGCUGGGCCUAGUGUUUUUUGGUUUGUUGUUUUUAAUUGCUGGUAAAAAAACGCCACUAGAUGGCAGUGCCUGUGUUGAAAGGGGGUGGGGGGGCAAUUGCCACCAUUCUUAACAAUACGUGUACCUGAGAUGGAGUGGUGAAAAAGGGGCAUCAGCUUAAUAUUCUUCAUAGAAUGUCCCUUGAAUUCAUAAACUGAAUAAUUUGUAGAAAAGCAAAUAAGCAAAAUUUGAUUUUGGUCCUGAAUUUUACCUAGAGCACUUUUUGGUUCUGAUAAUGGUUUCUAACUUUCUAUACUGUUGAAUUUCUGUGCAUACGUUUGUAAGGCAUAUACUCAGUUUUCAUUCAGAAUUUACUAUACCACUACUUGGGAAUUACAGAACUUUUCCCCCAGAACUCUCUCCAUCAUCGAAAAUGGCUAUGUGGUACAUAGAAUUAUGAUGUGCUGUAUCUGGUUUAGUUACUAAAAACCUGUUGAAGAAUUUAUAUCUUAAAAAGACCCCGUAUCCAACACCAGUAAAAUAAAAAGGGGAUCUUUAAAAGUGAUUAAAUAACCUCCCCCCUUGUGGUAAGUAGAGGCUUAAAGUGUUGGCUCAUUUCACAUUUUCCUGUUUUUAGUUUCUCCUUUACAGCUUCAUAAAAAUCUGUUGGUUGUCCUGUUUGGUAAAUUAUUCUAACUUGGAAAGAAUAACUUACAACAAGGUUUGAAGUUCACUGAAAUGUGGAGGUUGGAUUCCUACUCGAAAAUCUUGUGAAAGGUCUUAUUAAGUAUGAUUAAACUUUGUUUUUUAAAUUUA